UCCAAAAGCAUCAGAACUUACAUUAAGGGGACUUCAUUUCCUCAUCCAUAUCAGAAGACUGCGAAAAUGAAGUUCUGUCUGGAAUUCUUCCUUAUUCUGUGCAGUUUCACAACAGUUUUUACUGUCUGUCCAUCAUGCUUUUCGGAUGAGGUCUGCAACAAUAUAACCAAUAACUGUGAUUGUAAUCCUUCAAAGUACAUUGAAACAGAGCAAUAUCCACAACCAGAAAUAACAUGCAACUAUGACAUGGUUUUGCGGAUACCAAGGUGCCAGAUGGAGCGAAAUGGAUAUGACUCUUCCAGUUUGCGUCUGAUUAAUCCAAACUGCAGACUUUCUACAUACCCAGAUAAUAUAUCAUAUUUGGGUCUUUUGUGGCACAUUGGGACAGGAGAGUGUGGUAACAUUAAAACGGAGAAUUCAAGUCAUAUAACUUACUCCAAUAUUUUGUACAUAAACUCAAAAACAUCUGCAUUCAUCACAAAAAAUAACAUCACUAUAAGCUUUUCCUGCAGUAUUCCACGAAACAUGGAUAUUGGAUCUUUUCCUCUGAACGUUGUAGCAAAGAACGUUUCAUUGACUAUCCCUGGUGUUAUCGGCAAAAUCACUUUAACCAUGGAGAUUUACACUGAUUCCGCAUUUACCACCCCUGUCACCACUAGCACUCAAUUGGUGGUGGAGCAAACAGUUUAUGUCUCGUUGGUGAUGCAAACAGUGGACAUCUAUGCCCUAAAAGUGGUCAAUAUGUAUGUUUCUAAUUCGUCAAACCCCUCUGCUGAUCCAAGAUAUUAUCUGCUUCAGAAUGGCUGUCCAAACCUUAACCUUGGAGCCUUUCAGCUUGCACCAAUAUGGAAUGGACAAUUCACUCAAGCGAGAUUUCAAAUGAAAAUGGCCAAGAUUUCUGGCUCAGAUUUUAUUUAUCUAUACGCAAAUGUUGCCAUGUGUAAUAAUUCCUGUACUCAGAACUGUAAUAGCCGCUCUGCAAUUGAUCAAAGCUAUGAUUCAACAAUCGGCGUGCGCCUUGACUUCAAUUCAGCCUUCACCACCCCUGUCUAUUCAGCCUCCAGCAACCUUGGCUGUUUCUCUGUGAAAUGGGCUUUGAGUUCACUUCUUCUGCCCUUAAUACUGAUGACGAUCAUGUGACGUGUCCCAUCUCAUGGAGUUCCAGACUAUAAUAUUGUGAAAUUGGUGUUGGUGAAGAUCAGGGGGAAAAUGCUUUUCACUUCAGUGCAGCUUGCUCUGAAUCAUUUUCAGAAUACAUACUGCUACUGGUAUUACUUUUAAGUUGACUUAUGAUAAUUAUUAGCACUAUCUAUUUUUAUGCUUGUCUUACAAAUGAAAUUCAUAGAAAUUGUGACAUGAGCCUGAGACUAGAAAGUGAUUUAAUCCUUUUCCCAGUAACAGUCACAUUGUUUCAUCUAGCACAAAAUUUGUAUAGUAGAUCAGCGCCUAAGGCAACAGAGAAGAAAAAACAAAAAUAAAAAUAUAGUGCAGUGUGUUUGGAUAAUCAGACGGCACCCAGUGUCAAAAUUCACUUUAUUAAAUCUUCCAAUGUUGCUGAUAGCAGGCAUAAAAAGAUCCCUUUAUAUCCAGUUAGUUUGUCAUUUAUUAAAAAUAAUAACAAAAUAAUACACUGCAAGAAAAGUCUCCACUAAAGAUUCCAAAUUUUAUUACAAAGAUCCCCUAGGAACAUAUUUUCCAAUAGAAAGAAAAAGUGAAAAAAGGAAAGAGUUUAAAUUAUAUGUAGAGCUCUUCCAGUUGAAUAAAAUGAGGAGUCUGCCAAUGCAAGGAAAUCAUUUUUAAAAAUUUGGAUUAUCUGGAUAAAAUGUAAUCUAUGGGAUACAGGCAUUCUGUAAUUUGGAGCUUUCUGCAUAACGGGUUUCCAGAUAACGGAUCCCAUACCUGUACCAUAUAAAAAGUCUAGUAGUGGAUCCCCUACACUGGUUGACCCAGGCAAAUGCCCCUUUUGACCAUUUAUUAAAAUAGCCCUGACUGAACCCUGAAAGAGGGCGUAAAGGGUUCAAAAUAAAGGGUCUCAGUUAUUGAAGAAUGGAAACCAAUGAGUGGUUUCAUCCAUUAUUAUGUGUCUAUACCAUCCAGAAUGUCAGGUUUCCGGGCUCAGAACUACAUUUCUUAAUGAGCCCCUGGAGCCUUUAAUUUCUUAUCAAGUUUUGAAAUUGUAUACUUUUUCCAGCUCAUAAUAAAUUUCAGAUAACUUCUACAAAAUCACAUGAUGUGAUCUGAAAAUUGAAAUCUUCUGCUUGGGAUAUUAUGUUAAAAAAAGAUGAUGUAAUAAAGAUCAGGCAUGGCACCCAAGAUGUUAAAUGCUAAAAGUUUGUGAAGAUUCUCAGUUAUCCAGGUCAUGGAAUAUCCGUAGAAAUAAAUCAAAUUAAUUGUA